UAUAUUCAAGUGUUCCAGCUACUGGCCUGUGUUCACUGUCCUCGAUUGGAUGAUUGAUUUUAAUACUUAUCACGCCAUGCAAAAGAGCGGCCGCCACACAGAAGAUAAGGAAGUAGAAGGUGGGAAGAGUAGGCCGACUUCUAGAAGGAAUUCCGCGUGUCUCUCCCGUCGCGGCAGUAAAGAAGAGGAGAGUAAGAGAAUCAAUACAGCGCCCGCUUCAAGUAACUCCACACCUAAGAGACAACCUAAGAGUCAAAACUUAGAUCUCGUGGUCACAGGACGGCAAAUUGUCAAACGAGCGGAUCGAGCAAGUUCCCUCCCCGGCUCACACCGACGUCCCUCCCUCGACUCCAUACCCAAGAAGAGGACUUUCGACUCCCCGAAGCGGCACAGCAUGGCGCACUCUGCUAGAAGUAAGGAUACUUCUGUAGAAGAUGAUAUGUCGUUGGAAUUAUCUCAGGUUUCAGAUUUCGAGGACAUGAAUUCCAAAUACGGUAUCAAACGUACAGCGCCAUCUACCCCUAAACCCCAGAAACCACGCAGCGGCUCGUUGCAGUGCCAGAUGGCCAGGCGUGACGUCACCAGGCGCGGCCAGAUGAGCCUCGACAGCAGAUACAGUCGCCAGAGCACGGUCUCUUGCAGCAGAGACAGUAAAACAUCUUCGAGUCAAUACAGACAAGGUGUGAGUACUGAGUUGGACUGCUCCUCUGUGUCGCCGGAGUACUCCGCGCCCUCCUCGCUGGGCUCUAUGGGGGUAGCGCCGGACACACUCAUGUCCCCGAGAUCACAAGACCUCAAUGAAUCCAGUUGCUGUGUGAGUACGUGGCAGGAGUCAAGUCGCGUUGGCCCCGCUGAGGGGGAAUGGGCUCACUUCUGGGCGCGGUACAACGGGCCCACGAGCGCUCACUACGACCACUGCCCUACACCGUACCGUAGCGAUGAUUUAGAUUUAUUGGACUUUGAAUUCUCAACAGAUGGCUCUGUUAAACGUUCACCCGAUAAAUCUAUAAACAUUCACGAUCUUAUAAAACAAGAAGGAUUACAUUUAACUGCAAAAGAGACCCAAAAUAUAAUAAAAUGCGCGCAAAUUCUAGGCAGCGUUGUCUCUAAAGCAAUUGACAGAAGAACAAAAGAUAAAGACGACGUUACAGAAAAGAUACGAGAAAUUAAAGAUACGGAGGAAAAAGAAAUUAAAAAGAAAACGUUGACACUCGAUUUGAAAGAGACAGUCUUACCUGUAGAAGUGAAGGAGGAAAAGAGAUGGGAGACUGUCACCACUCAAACCGAUAUUUCGUUGCCAAAUACAAAAAGCGCGCCAAAAAUAUUCGAGAAAAUUCUACGACAGCUAUCAAAAAGUUCGUUAGAAGAUAGUUUGGAUAAGAAAGAACAGAACGGAAAAGAAGAUAAAGAUCAGGCAAAACCAGCGCCGUGAAUUAAUUUAAUACUUCUAUUGACUUUUUUCAAAGAUUUCUUAAU